AAGCCAGAAACCGACGCUACUCAUAAGCAUAACGGCACCUGAGGGAGAGCUUGCCGCACUACCUUCGUCGCCGUCGAUGGCUGGGCGCAGCGGGUCGCGCCAGGCAACCAGCGGAUUCGGCAUGCGUCCUGGGUCCCGAGUCACUGGAAUGCGGCCUGGAUCGCGCACAACGGGGAUUCCAAUCACGCAGUGAGCUGGGAAGCGCGGCACGGGGAAUCUCAAAUAUCGCUCGUCCAGGUGCCACGGGAAAUGCACGGCCGGGAUCGCGCGUCAACCAGACCGCAUAUGGGAUGCAGAGCGGGCUGCACGCAGGGGGGCCACCAAGAGCAUACGGAAACCGCAGCGGUUCUCGACAAGAGUAUCGCUCUGAGUCGCGCACCGGCAGUAUCGGCCGCAGCAGUGCGCUAUCGCCUGGCAGAGUCGGCAGCGGCGGGUCGAGCCAGCACCAGCAUAACCUGGCAUCGCUGCACUCGCAGGCCGGCGCGCAUGGGCUGGGCACGUCACCAGCAUCAGCACAUUCAGGUGAUGUCGUCAUCAUCAGCCACUUCGAUAUCCAAACCAUCGCCGGGCUAUCUAUCGUCAUUGGGGCAGCAACGCCACAGCGCAGGCUCACGUACCAGCAAUUCACUGACUAAACGGCCGUCCAUGGUGCGUAUCACUGAGCAGUUCGUACCGAGUCGCAACGUGCCUGCUGAUGUCAAGCCGCGCAACAUGGCCAGCGCGCAGAUGCUGGGCCGCGAAAUGUCCGAGGUCAUGUCCUUCUUUGACGGUCGCGAAUCAGAGGCCAACUGGGUGCAGCGAGAGCGUGCAGUGGUCCUGUUCCGCGCCAUCAUCUGGGGCAAUUCGGCAAUCGAGUUCUGCUCGGAGCUCGUGGCCAUGUUCAGGGAACACAUCCACGAGAUUGUUAAGGCUGUCAACAGCCUGCGCACGUCGCUGUCAGGCCAUGGCAUGCGGCUCUGUGAAGAUAUUGCUAUGCGCCUGGGCCCGCACGCCAGCCCGCUGUUCGACCCCAUUGUCGGUGCCUUGCUCAAGCAGUGCGCGCAGACUAAGAAAAUCGCUGCACAGGCUGCUGCAUCCGCCAUGGCUGUCGUCUUCCAGCACUUUCCGCUCCGUGCCAAAGCCAUCGAGACCCUGCGGUACUACAUCGCCGACAAGUCCCCUGUUCUGCGUCUGGCAGUUGUCACCACCUGUACAUGUGUAUUGCGCAGCCACGCCACUGUGCUACAGCACAGCUCUGGCGACCGUCGUAGUACUGAGGUCUUUGCACACAUCUCUGUAGUGGCAAAGCAGGGCGUUAUGGACGCACAGCCGAGCGUUCGUGAGCCGAGCCGGGAGCUGUUCUGGGAGUUCUACAAUGUCUCGGCUCUCAAUGCCCGUAAACUGCUGGCAUCACUGCCUGCCAGCACCCAGGCAAUGCUGAAUCGCGACAAGGACCGGUACGUCAAAGGUGCGCAGGACGCUGCCAGCGUUGACCGGCCCAUGUCGGCUGCUUCAGUGGUUAGGGUGCCCAGUGCCCAGCAGCUCCGUGCCCACAGCCCGCCAGCAGCCCAAAGCCUUUCCCAAGAGCCACCCAUGCCGAGUCUGAUGAACGUGGUGUCGGGCUACAGCGUGCCGCAGAAUGCCACCCUAUUCCCGCAGCAGAUCAACGACCACAGUCUCCUGUCGGCAGAUGCGCAACUGGGACUCGCGCCCAGAGUUCAAGUUUGUGCAGCGCGGCCGAACUGUCAGCAAAGUCGUUGAGGAUGAGCAUGAAGACGAUGACGGCGACAUGGUCAUGUACGACGCCACCGACGA